CUCUGUUCUUAAGAGGGUUUUUGGUUCUCCGUCUCGUUCGUCGUCUCUCUCGCCGGAGUUCUUCAUUCAGAUUUCUUCAUCUGUAAAAUCUAGAGAUGGCGUCCGUUACCGUAAUCGCCUUCUUCGCUUUCGUUUUCGCCGUCAUCUCUCCAUUCGCCGGCGCUCAAUCCUUCGCUCCUGCUCCUUCUCCCACAAGCGACGGAACAUCGAUUGAUCAAGGAAUCGCGUAUUUGCUAAUGGUGGUGGCGUUGGUGCUGACGUAUCUCAUCCAUCCUCUUGAUGCAUCUUCUUCCUACACCUUCUUCUAAUCUUUUGUAGUAUAUCAUAAUUUGAGUUAUAUAAUUCAGAGUUUAUGAGUUCUUCUUUCCCGUUUCAACUUUACUAUUUUCAGUGAACAUUUCGCUAAUAUCAAGAAAUUAGAGGAUACCAU